AGCUGUAUUUCAUCUCUGUUUUUUUUGGUGGGCAUUAUUAGUUUUUCUUUUUAAAAGAAGGUGGGGUGUACAUGUUGAAAUAUGACAACUGCACGCAUUUCAACACCGCCACUUCCACCUACCAAUCCCCGACGAACCAAUCCCACCUCUCUCACCAUCGUCCUCAAACUCGGCACAACAUCCAUUUGCGAUGAACAAACCCAUCUCCCCAAACUCUCCACCCUCUCCCUCCUGGUCGAAACCAUUGUCCACCUCCGUUCCGCCGGGCACAAAAUCGUUGUCGUCUCAUCAGGUGCUGUUGGAGUUGGGUUACGCCGUCUAGGUCUUGACCGCCGUCCAAAGCAUUUAGCCGUCAAACAAGCCGUCGCGGCCGUUGGACAGGGGCGAUUAAUGGCAUUGUACGAUGGUCUCUUUGCGCAAUUUGAUGUCCCCAUUGCACAAGUAUUGCUUACUAGGGAGAACCUGGCGGAACGGACCCAAUAUCUAAACGCCUGUAACACAUUCAAAGAACUCUUGUUAAUGAAUGUUGUCCCCAUCGUUAAUGAAAAUGAUACCGUGUCGAAUGCAGAGAUUCGGUUCGGGGAUAAUGAUACCUUGUCGGCUAUUACCGCUGGAAUGGUCAAUGCCGAUUACCUUUUCCUCAUGACCGAUGUGGAUUGUUUAUAUACGGAUAACCCAAAGACGAAUCCGGAUGCGAGGCCUGUACGUGUUGUAGAGGAUGUAGGGGAACUACGAGAUAAAGUAACUGUGUCGUCACCUGGCUCUCAUCUGGGUACAGGGGGGAUGGUGACCAAACUCGUUGCAGCCGAUCUUGCAACAGCGGCAGGAUGCACAACCAUCAUCACACUCUCCCACCCCCCUCUCAUUCCCACCAUUCUCGCCGAAAUCCAAUCCCAUACCCCGAAUACCCCAUUUUGUCCAACCCACGGAACCCACUUUUUACCCCGCCCCAACGCCAUGAUGGAUCGAAAAUGGUGGAUCCUCCAUGGUCUUAAAUCCUUUGGCGCCAUUUACCUCGACAAGGGCGCCGUCCGCGCCGUCAUGAACAGACACCGAUCCUCUUUAUUUGCAGCUGGUGUCGCCCGCGUCGAAGGAACAUUUAAUGCCCAACAAUGCGUCCGACUCCUCACCAUCAUUCACAAAAACGAUACAGAAACCGUCAUUGAAAUCGGAAAGGGCCUUGUCAAUUAUUCGUUUGCAGAGUGUUUGCGUAUCAAGGGCCACAAAAGCUCGGAAAUUGAGGGGUUGUUGGGGUACGUUGAUUCUGGGUGUGUUGUUCAUAGGGAUAAUUUGGUGAUUACGAAUCGGGAUGUGGAUGUUGAGAGUAUUGUGUUGGAGGGGGUCUCCAGGCGUGGAUCAGAGGAAGAUAAUAGUCCUGUUGCGAGUGGAUAGACAAAAAGUCGUUUACAAAGUUUAUGGGAGUGUAUAGAACAGACUCGCAUUUCUCUACAUCUAUCUUUUCCAAUAUUUAUUGUAUGUUUUCCCACAAUAAAUUAACAACACACACCAUACAAUAAAUCAUCUCCAC